GAGUUUCUUGAAGCCCAAGCUCAUAUUUGGAAUCACACAUUCAAAUACAUCAACUCCAUGUCUUUAAAAUGUGUUAUUGAAUUAGGCAUUCCAGAUGUUCUCCACAACCAUGGCCAUCCCAUGAGCCUUUCCCAAUUAGUCGAAGCCCUCCAUAUUCACCCCUCCAAAGCUCAAUCCCUUGCCCGCCUCAUGCGCCUCCUCGUUCAUUCCGGAUUCUUUUCUCAAACUCCACACCAACAAGUAAUGAAGUAUGGUCUCACACCGUCCUCUCGAUUCCUCCUCCGCGGCAAUAAUACGACAACAACACGGCAUUUGAAACCUUAUCAUUCUUGUUCCUAGCUCUCCAUCAUGCUAUGGUGGCUCCUUGGGAGAGCAUGAGCAGCUGGUUGAGGAGUGGAGAGUAUGUGUCUGCCUUUGAGAUGGUGAAUGGGAAGUCAAUAUGGAAGUAUAUGGAGGUUGAGCCUAGUUUCGGGACUUUAGUUCAUCAAACAAUGGUGUAUGAUUCUCAAUUGAUUGGUAAACUUGUGGGGAGGGAGGAGUUUAGAACGGUGUUUGAGGGGAUGAAAUCUAUGGUUGAUGUUGGUGGGGAAGGGAUUAUGGCUAAAGCCAUUGUGGAAGCAUUCCCACAUAUCAAUUGCAUUGUUCUUGAUCUUCCCUACCAAACUACAGAAGAUUUGAACGUUAUUGGAGAGGGAAACUUGUUUGAAGAAAUACAAAUUCCGCCAACAGAUGCAGUCUUGCUCAAGUCAAUUCUACACAAGUGCAACGAUGAAGAAAGCAUAAGAAUACUAACGAAGUGUAAAGGUGCAAUUAUGAAUAACAGUAGUGGUGAAGGGCGUGGGAAAGUGAUAAUCAUAGAGGCAGUGUUGGAAAAGGAAAACCAAAUGGAAGAUAAGGAAUCAAUUGAAACUCAGCUUUGUGGUGAUGUGUUGAUGAUGGCUACUUUUAACACUACAAAAAGAAAUGAGAAAGAAUGGAAGACUCUCUUCUUAGCAGCUGGUUUUAGUCACUAUAGCAUUACUUCUUUCUUGGGUUUAAGGUCUCUUAUUGAACUCUACCCUUGAUGAUCUCAUCCUUUAUUAAUUUAUUAAGUAACUUCUACAAUAUGUAUCGCAAA